AUGUGCAUACCUACUGGAGUUGUUGGUGACAUGCAUGAUGUUUCAGCUAAUGUUCAAGUCACUACUUGCCAUCUAUGCCCGGUGGACAGCUGCCCAGUACACCAGUCGGCUGAAGAGAGUGGAAGACUCAAAGUCAAAGUCGUCUCUCCAUCCCCAACAAUACUUCUGGUUUCCAACCAGUUAAGACAUUUUCCAUCACCGCAUCCUCCUCCUUCACUAUCAACAGGAAUGGUAAAGUUACGAAAAUACCCUUCUCUUAUGCUUCUACUGAUCUACCUUGGAAUCCAAGUAGAAUCAGAUGCCAAUGAUCACCGCUACAGUGAAGGUGAUACAGUCCCCUUCUAUGCCAACAAAAUUGGCCCAUUCCGUAAUUCUAGAGAAACAUAUGCUUAUUAUGAACUUCCAUUUUGUUCUCGAGAUGUUGUUAAAGAGAAGAAGCUUAAUUUAGGAGAGAUGUUGAAUGGAGAUCGUCUUGUUUCAACUCCAUAUUCACUUGAAUUCCUCGUGGAUAAAGAUUUAGAAGUAUUAUGCAAUAAGACACUGAGUAAAACAGAUGUUUCUAAGUUCAUAAGGGCUAUAGAUAAGAACUACUAUAUGCAAUUGCACUAUGACGACUUGCCAAUAUGGGCUUUUAUAGGAAUGAGAAAUGAGGGAAUUUUUAAUGGAAGGAUCAAGACAGUGUAUUCCCUUUACAAACAUUUUGAUUUCGAGGUUUUUUAUAAUAAGGAUCAAGUUAUUGAGGUCAUUCUACAAAUGGCAAAUUCAUUUACAGACAUUACAGAAGACAAGGAAGUUGAUGUGGGCUUCACAUACUCUGUUAAGUGGACAAUGACACAACAAUUAUUUGAUAGGAGAAUGGAGAUAUACACUGAUUCUACCAUUUUACCUCACAACAUGCCGAUACAUCAUCACUCAAUUACAUUCUCAAGUGUCACACUCGUCAUUCUGAUCGUUUCCUUACUUACAUUUUACUUACUGGUCCUUCGCAAAGACAUUUCUAAGAACUUAGCUGAUGUGGAAGAGGAUAUAUUGAGUUUGAAUAAGCAAGAAGAGAUAGGAUGGAAGAAUGUUCAUGGUGAUGUAUUUAAAUUCCCACAACACAAGUCUUUAUUUGCUGUGGCUCUUGGUGUUAGCAGCCAGUUGUUAUUAAUGAUCAUAGCAAUUCUUGCUCUUAGGCUCCUAGGUGUUUUUCAGCCCUAUAUGCGAGGAAUAAUCUGGAACGCACUUAUCAUUGUAUAUGCAGUUACAUUUGUGGUCUCAGGAUAUACUUCUGUUUCCUUCUAUUCUCAACUCGAAGGAACCAAUUGGAUAAAAAACCUAUUAGUGGCAGGAGGAUUAUAUUUUGGGGCCUCUCUUUCUUACUUUUAUUUUCCUAGACAAUGUUGCCAUUUAUUAUGGAUCAACUACUGCAUCGCCACUGAGAGCAAUAGUCAUGUUAUCUCUCUUGUGGAUAUUCAUAGCAUCACCAUUGCAUCUUUUAGGAGGCAUUAUUGGGAAAACAAAAAUGUCUGAAUUCCAAGUUCCCUGCAAAACAGCCAAAAUUCCUAGAGAGGUUCCUAAGUUGAGUUGGUAUAGGGUUGUUCUCCCUCAGAUGGCUUUAGGAGGAAUUUUGCCUUUCAGUGUCAUCUAUAUUCAGUUGUAUUACAUAUUUACAAGUGUUUGGGGAUAUCGCGUUUAUACACUUUAUAGUAUUAUGUCCAUAGUCUUCCUUCUUCUUCUGAUCAUGGCUGCUUUAGUUUAUGUGGCACUUACAUAUUUCCAGCUUGCAGUUGAAGAUCAUCAAUGGUGGUGGAGGUCAUUUCUGUGUGGAGGCUCUACUGGAUUGUAUAUAUAUGUUUAUUGUAUCUAUUAUUAUUUUGAGAGAUCAUACAUGAAUAGUUUCAUGCAGAUCUCUUUUUUCUUCGGCUAUAUGGCAUGCGUCUGUUUCGGCAUAUUUCUUGUACUGGGAAGUGUGGGUUUUCGUGCCUCAUUGCUCUUUGUUCGUUACUUGUACGCAGUUAUAAAGUGCAAUUAAUAGAACAAUAGGU